UAAUUUGAAAGCAUGGGAAACGCUGAAAAGUCUCGACCUGAGUUACGUAACGGUUUAUUUCAGUGUGUCUCAUUUGCGUGAUGGUUUUCCUUUCAACUUUCCGCCCACUUUUUCCAGCUUCAGCAGACUCUGAGGUUUCUCUGCGACAUGAUAGGCUGCUUCUGUCCGCUUGCUGAACGGAUGUGGAGAGCUUUGCAUAAAACACUACAGUGCUGCUCGUCAGCUUCAAACUGUUGUGAACUUACUCAGACACACAGCAGACUGUUGGUGCCUUAUUCACUGCUUCAUCAUGUCCUCAGACUUAAACACAGACUUCGAGCUGGAGCUGGACGAGCUGCUGCAGGAGUUCCAGGAUGUGGUGGAGGAGCUGAAGGCCCCGUCUCACAGCAGAACUCACGUGUACCAGCGGGUUCUUCAGGAGGCCAAAAGCCGCACAGGGCUGGCAGACGACAGCGGGGUAGAUGACUCUGACUACGGCAGUGAAGCUUCUUUGGGAAACAGUCUGAACACCAGCGAGGAGGAGCUUCACACAGCAGGCAUCACGCUGGCACCGAAAGCCAAGCUGGGAGACACGAGGGAGCUCGAGAGUUUUAUCAACAUGUUGGACCAGGAACUUGCAGAGAUGUGAACAGAGUGAGAAUGAGCCCCUCAUCUGGACAAGGGGGAGAAAGAGGCAGGGGGGUGACAUGGCCCAGCAGACUGGCAGAUCCACACCAGAGCAGAUCUGAGGGCGCAAACGCUCCUCUGGCUGCUGCAGGGGGAAAAGGUUAACAUCAAAAAUUAAAACGGCACUCCAUUCCAAAAAUGCAAGAAAACCCAUCAGACCCCUGGCGACGCUGCGUUCAUCCGGCAAGGCAACAUCCCUCAGCAUCGGAUCCAAGAUGUUCGACUGACUCCCUAAACAAGCAAAGCUUCCAUCUGUCCGGGAAGAGAAGGAAAACGCUGCCUGGAGUGUAGAAAGCAUGUUCAUGCCACAUUUAAAAAUUCCCACAGGAACUAUGCCAGUUAAAGGGCCCUAAACCCUCGGUGCCAUAUUUUUUUUAAGGAGGCAGAUCUUUGUUCCAAAUUGCAAAUGGCACUUUAGAUUCUAACUUAUUGCAAGUCCAAGGGGUUGAAAUCUGCUUAUGAGUUGACGUCUCUGGUGUACAGUUCUUGCUUAUAUCAUUUUUUUAAUAUGAAUUGUUGUACAGAUGACUGCACAUAUAAAUAAAGCAACAUUUUGAUACAA